UCCGGCGUGGCCCCAUUCACAGAAUGUUGCAACAUUGUGUCUGCGGCUCGGGAUCCCGGCGUUCGCAACAUUGUGUCUGCAAACUCAUCAGGAGCCAGUGCUGGGGCUGAACGAACUGGCGCCGGCCUCACUUUUGCAGCCGAUUCUUUUGAGUUGAAAGGCUUACUGAGGACCUUCCAGCCUUUACGCCACGCCCCUCCCAUUGCUAUGGGCCUGGAGUCACAUAAGGGCCAGACCAGGCAUGUGUUGAAGGUAGAGGGAACUGUACAUGGGCUAAUGUUAUCCCUUGCUGCAUGUGCACAUCUCGGUGACUGAGCAUCUUUGGCAGUGAGGAACAACAUGUACUUCCAGCCAGGGUCUGUCUGUAGUGCAUACUGGGUACAUCCAGGUACAGACCAUCCACAAGAAUAUCUGUUCAUUCCCUCCUACACGCAAGGAGAGUGGUAAUUCAUUGGGAAAAUGAGUUCAGGCUGAAUGUGGUCCUACAUUUGGUGAAGAGAACAUCAUAACAGACUGGAUUGGACCAGAGAGUAAUUAAACUCUAAACUUCCCACAGUCCUGACAUGAGCAAGCAGCUUUUCCAAAAUAAGAUGAUGUCAGGCCAACGCAUUGUUUCUGUACUUCUGCCAAACAAGGAACAACUUGAAGUUCUCAUUGGGGUAAAAGCUACAGGCCAGGAUCUCUACAAUCAAGUCUGUGAUAUGCUGAAGAUCAGGGAGGGUCACUUCUUUGGUCUGAGUGUGGUGCAAAACAAUGAACAUGUUUUCAUGGACUUGGAACAGAAACUCACUAAAUAUUUCCCCAAGGAAUGGAAGAAAGAAAUGAGCAAAAACAAUGAAAAGUUCGGUGCUCCAUUCGUGGUUUGCUUCAGGGUGCAGUAUUAUGUUGAAAAUGGAAAAGUAAUGAGUGACAAGAAAGCCAGACAUUUCUACUAUUGCCAACUGAAAGAGCAGGUUUUAAAUUCACGGUGCACAAGUAAAGAGGAAGUCUACUUUCUGCUGACAGCAUAUGCUCUGCAGGCUGAUCUGGGCAACUACAGAAAGCGUGUGCACACCGGAAAAUAUUUUGAGCCUCAGCAUUACUUCCCUCAAUGGGUAAUUAACAAAAGGGGCUGUGACUACAUUUUGAAGCACAUUCCAGAAAUGCACAGAGAGCACCGUGGCCUGUCUCAGAAAGAGGGGUUGCUGCGGUUUAUUAAAGAGGCUUGCCUUUUGGAGGAUGUGCCUGUUCAUUAUUACAGGCUCCAGAAAGAUAAGAAAGAAGAGCGUCCCUCUGUAGUGCUUGGGCUCACUUUGAGAGGCAUACAUAUUUAUCAGGAAUCUCAUGGCAUCCGACAGUUGCUAUAUGACUUUCCGUGGUCAAAUGUCGGCAAGCUUACUUUCCUGGGAAAGAAGUUUGAGAUCCAGCCAGAUGGUUUACCCUCUGCCCGGAAGCUGAUCUAUUACACAGGUUGUCCGUUCCGAUCCAGGCAUUUGCUGCAGCUCCUCAGCAGCAGCCAUCGCCUCUACAUGAACAUUCAGCCUGUGCUCAAACAAAUUCGAAAAAUUGAAGAAAUGGAAGAGAAAAAGCGCUACAGAGAAUCGUACAUCAGUGAUGCCUUUGAGAUGGAUCUUGAGCGACUAGAUGAGCACUCUCAUGGCAGUGGAAGCAGCCAUGGAAGCACAAGGAAUAAACGGCUCUCCCGUCAGUCAACAGUUAGCCAUGGUAGUUCGCAUACUUCUGGAAUUGAGGCAGAUUCAAGGCACAGAAUGUCUGUGGAGAUGACAGUGGAUGAACCAUUCUCCACUGAACUUGUGCACAGUAUAGUUAAGUAUAAUAGCUCAAUGAUGAGCCGCAGGAGUUCCCACACAUCAGGAAUAGAGAGUAGCAGCAAAGAACGGACUGACGAUGAUGAGGUGGAGGUCCCUGUUGAUGAUCCUCUUGAAACAUCUCAAAAUAAUGAUGUGAUCAAAGGUGAAUCUGUUGAUUAUCCCACUUUAAAAUCGGACUAUAGGCAAGAUGUUCGCAUUGAUACUGCUGUGAGUUUGUGUGAUCCUUCAGUAAAACUUCGAGGACAAAGUGUAGACUCGCUUUCACAGGCUCCUCGAUCUAAACGUAGAAACUCGACUGAUCGCCACAGUCAGAGUUUGGACGAUGUGCGACUGUACCAACAGCAACUACCUUUAGGCUCUACUUUAUCUUCAGACAGCUCCCAGAGCUACACCUUUGGUUGUAUCAAUGACGACAAAGAUAGCCAAUUUUGCUACACUUACUACACAGCGGACUGUAAAACUAAGUCCACCUUUUAUGGAAAACGUUCAAUGAACUGUCUAUCUCUCGAUCUUCUUGGAGAAGAACAACUGCUGGAAUUUGUGGUAUAAUUAAUGGCAAUGUCAUCAUGAUAAAUUUGCUAACUAGCCAAGCCCGGGACUGAUCUAUUCUUGAGUAUUAAAUUAUAAUUUAAGUAAAUUGCAUUGUGUGAUAAGUGUGAACAUGUCCUGCAAUGGAAGUUCACAAUUGGGAAGACUCAAAAAUAUUAAGCCUAACAGUAAUUUCUUUAAGUGAUUUAAUGGAUUAUUUUAUACCUCAUCACUACUUGCAACCCAAACUGAAGACUCGUCACGUGAAGCUAAGAGCAGUUGUUGGAGUAAUUGCCAGAUCUCCUGUUGUGAUUUUGCAACAAGUUUUAUUUAAUAUGUAGAAAGCAAUUGGGAAAACUCUUAAUCAUUCCUGUGUCAGUACCAGAGAGUUUAUGUCAACACUUACAGAAAUGUUCAACAGAACGUAUUUGUCCACAUGAAAAAUAGAGAGAGCUCAUUUUAUGAGGCAUUCAGUAUAAUGGGUUAGGUAGCAUUGAACACUGGAGUGAAUUGCCUUCAUUGUCACUUUCAUUCAGUGUUAUUUGGACUUCCCAGCAACAGACUUGUUGGAAGUGGCACCUACAGGAGUCAUGCUUAGCUAACCUGGAAGUUCAUUUAUGAUAACCCACAAUAAGAUGGAAUAGCAAUACAAAUGAUCUAACAAGAAUACACACUUCAGAAUUGCUUUCUAAAUACCAUUAUGAUUAGAUGAAGUUGUUUUAACUGAACAAGCAACUAUCAAUGAAUGAUCAUUUAAAGAAAAGUUUGCCUUCACUAGCAGCAGAAUGAGUAAUGCUGCAAUGAACCAAUUAACAAUAAGCUCCCAAUUUUUAUUGUGCUAUCACUAGGAGAUGCUAAGCAAUUGUAUGAUGCUUCCAAUGACAAAGAAAGAAAAAUUGGAAAUCAGUCCAGUCGUCAUUUACCAUUGUACAUCUCCAACUGCCAGAUGUACAGACUUGAGAGGGUCAGAAGCAAGUUUUCAUUUGCCUUCUUCAUAUUUCUACCCAUCCUUGGUUUCAUCUGUUUUGUAUUGAUACAAUGAUAGAAAUGGCAGGAAGCUUGCAUGAAGGUGGACCAGGUGGUUUUUGGGAUGUGCUAGAAUUAUUCACUUAAAAACAGAAUAGAAAAUUAUUUCUUAGAAUUACUAUGUGUAAACGGAGACCAAAAAUGCACUGAACAUAGUAUCAAAGGAAUAAUGUUGUCCUACUGUGAAAUGUAUCCUUAUGUGUGCCUUAUAUCAAUUUUGGAGUAAUAUGCAACGGCAUUGUUUAUGUUACAGCACUAUCCUUUGAAAUAAGAAUUUAGUGGAACAUUUGUAAUUCCAGACCAUGACAUGAAAACGUAGUAAUUUUGGAGGAAAUGGAAUUGUUUCCAGAAGUAGUAGUAUCUUCUGGCAAUGGGAGGAAGAGAGACAGAAUAGAUUCCGUUUCUGUUCUUGUUUUCAUCCUAUUUGCAAGUAUUUCAGGUUGUGCAUUUUUAAUGCUGCACUAAAUGAUCAAAAUUACACAUAGAAGGUCCAUUGCAUCUGCUUUUCAAACUGAGCUCACUCCAAAUUUUUUUUUUGCAUAUUUCUUUUUAUGGUUUAAAUAUUUAUUCAGUUUCCAUCAAAAUGAUGGUGUAAGCUCUAUUGCCAAGUCACUUUCAGCAAAACAUUCCAUUUUCAAAUUACUCUUUUGUAAGCAAUCUGCCUUCAUUCGUCCAGUGAUCUUGUACUUUUUGCCCUCUUGUUACUUGUUCACUUUUUUUUAUAAAAAACAAAAUCAUUAUUUACCAUAUCAAAACUUUCUAAGUUUAUAAAUCCUCUCAGACCUCUCUUAUCUUUGCUAUUGUGAAAAAGCCACAUUAUUUUGAACUUUCCUUAAAAUCAAUGCCUGUUUAUUACCAGAAAUGUCCUAGUUAAUAUUCACUAUUAUUUCUAUGGCUUCAAUUUUAAAAAAUAAUUUGGUGCCAACAACUAAUCAGAGUACACAAUUGUGGCCUGACAGACUUAAUUAACAUCGUCAAAACAAAGGUUAUUUGAUCAUUCAUGCAUGUCCUGUUUAUGUGACUUUACUGGGUGGAAAUUGAUUUCUGUGUUGCCUACAUAACAGGAGGAACAGUUAAAGAGUAAUCUCAUCAAUGGUAAAACACCUUUGGAAUAUGUUGAGAAUAUGUUACAGUGCUAUGUAAGUGCAAGGCAACAUUAACCAGAUCUCUAAUACGUCACCAUCACUUUACUGCUUUGCAUUCAACGCAUCUGUAACACAAAAUUUAUAUUUGACAUUUUAUGAUCCUUUCCCAUGCUUCCACCUUUUAAACAGUUAUUGCAUUUGAAUUACAAGACAGCUUGGGAAGAAUUUAACGAUUAGGUAAUAUUUUGUGCUUCUUUUUUCCCUAAAUUAUUUAUUCUCCCUUCUCUGAGAAACAUAUGCAGCCUAUUCACUAACUUCACAAACCUAUUAGUACCAGCUGUGAUUUUCUUCUAUUUACCAUUUCCCAAGUCAUUAUCAAAAAUCUUCAACUUUAUUUUUCUAGUGGUCAGAGUCAGAACCCUAAUUUAGUAGCCAAUCUAGAGAAAUACCCAUUAAUCAUUAUUACCUAUUCUGUUUCGAGGUUGUCUAUUAAUGUGAUGACAAUCCACUUAUUUUCAUGUGCCAUUGUUUUCCUAACAAAUAUCCUGUGUAGCACCUUUACAAUUAUCUUUAGAAUUUUUUUACAGACACCUCACGUCCUCCUAAUCUUUUGUACUGCCAGAUUUCUUCAAACUCCAACUAAGCAUGCAAGAACUAACUUUUACAAAUUAAUCACUGAAUCCUGCUCUAUUUUCUACCUGGAUCUGCAAUUGUCUAUUUUAUCUAUUGUUUUAAUUUCUAAUAUUACUAAUGUGGAGGUGUGCUGAUCCUUGUCUUUAUCAUAACAGUAACUGAGGAAAUAGGCUAUACUAACUGCUUUGCUCCAUAUAAAUGUGAUCUGCAAGUGUGAUCAAUUUUCAGAUGUUAAUGAUUGUGAAAUAUAGCUUGUAUGAACCUAGAACAUGAUCCAAGAAGAUUGCAGAAAUAACAAGUAAAAUAGAUGAGGCAAAACUGUUGCUAAAAUUUACAAAGUACAAAUUAAUAUUUUCCAAAUGCUAGUUCAUUGUUCUGCUAUCUAUAAACCAGGCCGAAUCAUCUAGGAAAUUCUUUCCUCCAAAUCUUUUAUUUAAGUUAAUCUCGCACUACUGUUUGUUUAGUGGUUACAUAUUUUACAUUCUGCUUUCUACGAGACUGUAGCCAUAAUUUAAUCAAACUGCAUCAAUAAUAGCUCAUUGGAAGAAUUCAGAACUUUUAAAAAGUUGGAUGAUAUUUUCCAUUUCUCCAGUAGGUCAUUUUUUAAAAAUUAAGUCUCUGUCAGCUCUUAAAAGCACCCUUUUACUUUCCUUUUUCUGCUUGCUGUUUCUCUCCCUCAUUGUCCCUCUGUCAGUAUUUAAUUAAGGAACUUAUUGCUUAAGUUGUUGCAUAAUGAAUUAUUUAUAUUGUCUUCAAACAUGUAACAUAAGUUUUUCACAAAAUAUAAAAUUAACAUUGUUUAUUUUAUAUCUAUCUUUUACUUAUUCAAAAUCAGUGAAGAAUGUAUGUGCUUUCCAAAGGGUUGUUUUAAAAUGCCGAAGAACAAUCAUUUUAUAUUAUAUGAAACAUUACAGUAUUAUGAUUGAACACUGUGCAGAUUAAUUAUACAAAUGUAUCCUGUUUAUUUACAUCUUAAACAAUUAGUUAAUGUUUUGUGUAGACUUGUAUGACUUUAGAAAUGUUUACUAAGGGAUUUGUAUGAUGGUUAUAUAAUAUCAUUGAACUGUUAUUUGUAUACUUGUUUAGUUUUAAAU